AUGCCACCUUCUCUCCUGCCUGGGGCCUCUCUCGUCUGGCUGGCUGUCGGCCAUCCCCGCUAUACCCGAGGUGACAAGCGCAAGUGCCUGAACAACUACGCCUACCGCCUCGCUACGGCCCUCACCCUCGGCAUCACUUUCCCCCUCGCCAGCCUCGCACCGUCAUGCCCGUGUGGAGCGGGCAUCGACACCCUAGGCGACCACUUCUUCCUCUGCAGCCGCGCGACGGCGGAGCGCGUGUUCAAGCACAACACCCUGCUGGACGUCUUUAAGGCAAUCCUUGCGGAGGUGGGCAUCACGGCUGUCACCGAAGUGCCCCUGCGGUCUCUCAACAUCACCCCCCCAAACGCCCAGCCCAACAGUCAGCGCAUGGACCUCUUCUUCUCCAUCAACGGCGAAGGUGUCCUGUGCGACAUCACGGUGGUCCAUCCGUGUCGGCCCGAGAACUCAACCGCCCACCACACCCAGGUCAACCGCAGCAACGCACGUCGGCCGGGCGGUUUUGCAGCUGCAGGGGCGGAGCGCGACAAAGAUCGCAAGUACGGUGCCAACUGUCGGCAGAAAGGCUACACCUUCGUGCCCCUAGCAGCGGAGACAUUCGGCCGUUGGGGUGGCGAGACCCUCACUCUGCUUCGCCGUCUGGCGCAGCGGCGCGUCCUCCCACCCGCCAGCUCUGCAGAAGACCGUGCAUUUUUUCAUGAGGGUGUCAUGAACCAUUGGGGCAGUGUUUGUCGGUCGCGCUGAUGCGCUGGAAUGCUUUUCAAGUGUCCUGCCGCGCUCACCAUGCGGCCGAUGCUCGGACACAGCAGCGGGCGGGUCUGCUUCCUGAGGACCUCAUCUCUCGAGGGCCCUACAGGGCACAGACCCGCUCGUUUGCCGUCAGGACCGGCCGUGAGGGAUUGAUUUGGGGACGUGUUGUUAUGGGUCGGGCUUGGGUUGCAUGGUGGUUUUGUAGGGCAUGUGAUAGUCGCUUGUGUGAUUGCGUUUGAUGGGCUGUUUGGUUUAUGUCAGACUGCUGCUAUCAUCCAUGUCGUAUGGUGCGCAUGUCUUUCUGCGAUUGUUUGUGUCUUUGCGUGUGUGCAAAUCCGUACCGACUCUAGAUCAGACGUGCUGGUCGCCCAUGCUUCCGUGUAAGUCAAC